AUUAAAUAAACCCCAAAAAUUUAACCUAUAUAUAUAUAUUUUAACACACAGUAGGCGCACGCACGCAGUGGGAGUGUGGAAGUAGUAUGUGUGUAAUAUUGGGGUGCAGGGAGGAGGAGACGGAGAUGGGGAGGCAGCAGGCGGCGGGAUCGUGCCCGUACUGCGGCGGAAAGGUGCAUGCGGUGGACGUGAGCAGCCGGUGGCGGUGCUGCUUUCUCCCAAUUUGCUUCAGAUUCAAACGCAAGUAUUUCUGCACUCUCUGUUCCCGGCGCCUCGUUUUGUACGAUGCCUAAUAUAAUUAAGCUCCGUCGGAGAUUAUAUAAAUUAGUAAGUAAUUACGUACUAAUUACUACUUAAUUAAUCAGCUCUCUCAUCGAUCAUCAUUGAUCCACGAUCUCCUUGAGAUUGAUAAUCGAUCAUCAUCGCCUACCUGGGUAAU